AUGGAAAAUAAUAUAUUACAACAUUCGAUUUCACUUAUUCGAGAUAAAUCCGACAUCGGUGUACAGUGUUCCGCAGUAAAUGGUUCAGAAACGACCGACUCCAAAACUGACGAAUGUUGGUCCAUGGACGAAGAAGAGCGUCAAAAAAACUCAGACGUAUUGCAGGUAAGCAAACACAAACGCAAACUCUACCUUCAGUCCAAGCACUCGAAAAAGCCGCCUAAGAAAGUCAAACUGGAAAAGGUUCCAAAGCGCCCUGGUUACUCGGCCGAGAGAUUCGACGAAACGUCGUAUUACAUCGAAAACGGUCUGAGGAAGGUAUAUCCUUAUUACUUUACGUUCACCACCUACACCAAAGGACGAUGGGUGGGCAGGACCUUGAUGGACGUGUUUGGCGAGGAGUUCCGCGCCCACUCGUCCGACGAAUACGAACAGCACAUCGAAAAGGGAUCGCUUACGAUAAACAACCAACGCGUGUCCCCCGACUACGUGCUGAAGCAUAAUGAUCUACUGGCAAACAUGGUGCACAGGCAUGAGGUGCCGGUGGCGAGUGGCAAGAUCGACAUCAUACACCUGGACGACGAUAUCGUGGUCGUCAACAAGCCUCCUAGCAUUCCCGUGCACCCGUGCGGCCGUUACAGGCACAACACCAUGGUAUUCGUGCUGGCGAAAGAGUACGGUCUAAUGGACCUGAAGACCAUCCACCGACUCGACCGGUUGACCAGUGGCGUUCUGAUGUUCGGCCGGACACAGAACAGGGCGAGGACACUGGAGUCGCAGAUACGGGCCCGGGUGGUGAACAAAGAGUACGUAUGCCGUGUCGAAGGCAAGUUUCCCGAGGCUGUCGAGUGCGAGCAGCCGAUCGAAGUGAUCAGCUACAAGAUCGGUGUGUGCAAGGUGUCGCCGAAAGGGAAACAGUGCAGCACCUCGUUCCAGCUGAUCGGGUACAACGAGCAGGCGAACAUCAGCGUUGUGCUGUGCAAGCCCCGUUCGGGCCGCAUGCACCAGAUCCGCGUCCAUUUGCAGUACCUGGGAUAUCCGAUCCAAAACGACCCGUUGUACAACGACACCGUAUUCGGUCCGGAGAAGGGGCGAGACGGUAAUUUUGGUAAGACCGACGAGCAACUGGUCCAGGACCUGAUAAAAGCUCACAACGCCGAAAGUUGGUGGGUGGCAAACGACGGACUUCCUGUCUUACCUGCGGCUGACGAUGGACUACCGGUUUUACCUACGGCUGACGAUGGACUUCCUGUUUUACCUGCGGCUGACGAUGGACUUCCUGUUUUACCUGCGGCUGACGAUGGACUACCGGUUUUACCGGCAGCCGUGGACAACAGCAGCGGUAAUCUGGCAUCGCCGGUGCGGCAGGCCACGAAUGGCGAGGUGAAGAGCAGUGUAGCGAUCGACGAGUUCGUACCAACGGGAAUCUACGUGGCGGACGUCGAAUUUGACAAGAAAAAGCUCACCGUGGACGCUCAUUGUCAGGAGUGCAAAGUUCGUUACAAGGACCCAGAACCGACCGAUCUUGUCAUGUAUCUUCACGCCUUGAGGUAUAGCGGACCAGACUGGGCGUACGAAACGCCUAUGCCGGCAUGGGCCGAUGUCAAUUGGAAAGAGCCGUGA